ACACACACACACACACACACACACACAGACAAGCACACACUGUACCACAGGAUUAGGCAGUGCACGUAAAGCUUAUAGAAUCACGUGACUGUCCCUCCAAACGGUUCCUUCUUCUAACCUACUUCCUCCUUUGAGCUAUCCCAUAAUUCCACAGGAGCUGGCGUAGGCGCACACAGCAGCAGCAUCACACAGGUUCAGCUCCUCCCUGCUGCGUGCUGGGAGGAAGGGAGGGGGAGCCAAAUAGGAUCAGGGUCAGAUGGAUUCUAGAGUGACGGUGGCAGUGUGUGCAAAUGAGGAGAGGAGUGUGCGCGUGUGUGUGUGUGUGCGUUUGAGCGAGAGAGGGAGGGGGAGAGGAGAAAUCAGGGUGGGUGGGGUGUGUGUGUGUGUGUGCGUAUGACAGGCAGACAGUAAACCCAGGCAGGAGUGGACAUAAGAAGAGGAGGAGAGGAGAAGUGGGGUGGGCGAGGAGAGGCAAACGGACCAUUCGAGGGGACUCGGAGUAAAAGAAGGAGAAGAUGGCUGAGCCGGAGUUGAAGCUGAGAAGCAGCCGGGAGAGCGUGGCUAAGGCAGAGGUGAGCCAGCAGAAGAUGGAGGAACCAAACUCCAAGCAGGAAAUUGUUGAGCACCCGGCGUCACCGUCGGCCCCCAUAGCCCCCUCUGCCACGAGCCCCACCAGCAGCCUGCCCGCCAAGCCAGAAAAGAUCGAGCUCAAACGCAGCAUCACCCUCUUCAACGGCGUCGGCAUGAUCAUCGGCACCAUCAUCGGCUCGGGAAUCUUCGUCACCCCGACAGGCGUGGUGAAGGAGACCGGCUCCGCUGGCCUCUCGCUGAUCGUCUGGUCCGCCUGCGGGGUGGUGUCCACCAUGGGGGCCUUGUGCUACGCCGAGCUGGGCACGACCAUCACCAAGUCCGGGGGCGACUACACGUACAUCCUUGAGGUGUACGGGGAACUGGCGGCUUUUUUGAAGCUGUGGGUCGAGAUGCUGAUCAUCCGGCCGUCGUCGCAGUACGUGGUGUCGCUGGUGUUCGCCACCUACCUCCUGAAGCCUCUGUACCCGAGCUGCGCCGUGCCGGACGGCGCCGCCAAGCUCAUCGCCUGCCUGUGUCUUACCUCCCUGACAUUUGUAAACUGCAUCAGCGUGAGGGCGGCCACCAAGGUCCAGGACUUGUUCACAGCGUCCAAGCUGAUAGCGCUGAUCAUCAUCAUCUUCUUUGGCUUCAUCCAGAUUUUCACAGGCGAUGUGCCGUAUCUGACACCUGAAAAGGCAUUUGAAGGCAGUAAAAUGGGCGUCGACAAUAUUGUCUUGGCGUUGUACAGCGGUCUCUUUGCUUUUGGUGGCUGGAAUUACCUGAACUACGUCACAGAGGAGAUGAUCAAUCCAGAGAGGAACUUGCCCUUGUCCAUUAUUAUAUCGAUGCCUAUAGUAACGGUGGUGUACGUUCUGACCAACCUGGCUUAUUUCACCACCAUCCCUCCUCAGGUCAUGAUUGAGUCUGAGGCUGUUGCUGUGAGUUUCGGGGAGUACCAUCUUGGCGUGAUGGCCUGGUUGAUUCCCGUUUUUGUGGGCCUGUCCUGUUUUGGAGCCGUCAACGGAUCUCUUUUCACUUCAGCGCGUUUGUUCUAUGCAGGAGCCCGUGAAGGUCAGCUCCCUGCUGCUCUGGGCCUGGUUCACACAGACCUGUUUACACCGGUGCCAUCCCUCAUCUUCACAUGCAUCCUGUCCAUGAUGUAUGCCAUGUCCCAGGACAUCUUCUCAGUCAUCAAUCUGUUCAGCUUCUUCACCUGGCUGUGUGUGGGGAUGGCCAUCGCUGGCUUGGUGUGGCUGCGCAUCACCAAGCCGGACCUCAAAAGGCCAAUAAAGGUGUAUCUUUUUAUCCCCAUAACGUUCGUGUUGGGCUGCGUCUUCAUGAUUGUCGUGUCAUUUUGGGCCGCUCCGUUCGAGAGUCUGGUCGGCGGCAGCAUCAUCCUCACAGGCAUUCCUGCRUAUCUGCUGGGCUACAAGUGGAAAAAGCCCCAUAUGGUGCAGAAGAUGCUGGAAAUYUUCACGUUGUUCUGUCAGAAGAUCUUCAUGUCUGUUCCGGAGGAGAAGGGGCCAAACAAGGCGGACGAGUAGCACCUGAAAAAACUGAAAACCCAGUUUGUGGCGUUUCUCUAUUGUUUACAUUCACUCUGUUACAAUUCAGCUUCAAUAUUUUUUUAAAUAAUUUGGGCAGUUAUGCCUCUUUUAAUGCUGGUUUAGAAAUGAAGAAGUGUUUUUACUAUAAAAUGUAAACGGGCACACCAUUAAUUAUAAAGUACAAACACCAAACUAGCGUUAGCACAAGUUGUUAAUCCACUGGCCUGCAGCUUUCUUAUUUAAAGAAAAGACAAUUUAGAUUGUCUUUAAUUUUUAUACAACUACCAUUAAAACUACACAUUUAGUUUACAGUUUUAAAAAAAGUGAUAGUUUAUUAAAAAAAAUUGUGACGAUAAAAUGCAAAUAAAUCAGAAUGCAAUGAUUAGGGACGUUUGUUUUUAAGCCACUUACUUUUACAGCCGUUUUUUUGCUCUUGUCUCUAGGAUUUUGAGACUUGUUGCUGCUGUUAAACUCAAAAUGACCAAAUUUUCCCCCUCUAAAAAUGGUGCAGUUUCUUAGUUUAAGCAUUUGAUAUGCUCACUAUAUUUCAUUGUGAAUAAACUCUGGUUUUAUGAGAUUUUCACAUCAUUGCAUUCUGUUCUCAUUUACAUUUCCAACAUUCCAACUUCUUUGGAUUUGCGGGUCGUAAAACCAAGAAUGUAGCUGCACACACUAAUGUAACGAUAUAUAGGCAGAUAGUGUAUAAAAGUCAGUGUUUUAAUGAAAGCAUAACACUAGUAUAGCUACUGACUUCGUACUCCUACUAAUAUUAAUGUUUGGACCUCCUUAUUUCAAAAACAUUUUACAAAUAAUUUCUAGUGAAAAGCACUCAUCUUAAAGCACAUUUUAAAGUAAGGUUAAACAAUGUUUGCGACAUCUUUAGAUGUGCCUCAGCAAAGCAGGUCUGCUUCUCCCACUAUUUUAUUUUAACAUGAUAUUUUGUUGUGUKCACUUCGRAACACUGAACAGAAACCAAAAGAAACGUAAAGACCUGCUAGCGUACGUCACUGUAGUGGUUGUAGUAGUGUUUGUAGUGAGAGUAUUUGUUGUCUGUGCCAGCCUCGUCAGUGCUGAUAUUUGAUUUCUUUCAAAGUCUCUCUCUGACCAAAAAGAAUGUUGAAAGUUUAGAGCCGCAGGCCCCACAACCCCAAAGAAAAUAGUCCCCGAGAAAAAUGAAACUCCCGAUCCAGUCCUCUUUUUGCUGAAGGAAAUCAGCUUGAAAAAAACAGCACACAGUGAAGCUGGACAGUGUUGGGGUGAAAGUAUGUGCCACUACUCCAAUAUGUUUACAAAGAUCAGAGGAUUCCAGUAAAAUGGCAAAACAAAUGAAGCMAUUUUUCUUAUUUACUCUUUGUAGCAACAUUUGCUUUGCUACAAAAGAUUAACUGCAUAAUUAUUUCAACUUUUGAGGCACUUUUUACAUAUUAACUUAUGAGAAAGCACCUUUUUAAUCAAGAAUUGCCACCCUAAAGCACUUAUUUACCCCAGAUUUUAAAAAUAAAUUGAAAAUGAUUUUUAUUUUCUGACRUUUUGGAAUUAAUUCCUAUCGACCACACAAGCACAAUGACCAGCACAUGUCUGCAUGUGCUUUGUACUGAUUGUAGUUAAUCUGAUAAAUGCUUUCUGCAGGUCUCAUCAUAUAUUUUGUUGUGCACAAAAUACUGUAUCUGUGUAAGUAAAGACUAUCAGUAAAUAUAUGAAGCUUUUGCCAGGUGAAAAUGUCAUGAAGAAAAUAAAAAAGAUUUGUAUUUUUGCUCCUAAAAUCGAGAAUAUCUAUUAUAACUGUUGUAUCUCAGUGACCAUGGCAGGUACAUGUAACAAUAAUAAAAAAAAGUAUUUUCUUCAAA